AUGGGACAUUCCUGGAUCAGAAAGGAUUGUUGUCGUUUUGCGCGUCUACCAGCCAUAUAUUUCGCAACAUUAACUAUACAAGCUAUUGUGAUUGUGCAAGCUACCGCCUUCCUUCUUCUUAGCUAUUUACGAGGUGCAGAGAUCUAUACUGCAACACAUGGUGAGUUGAAGUAUGUGCUACAUUUCGACUGUUUGAUACCUCUCGUCAUUGUGCAGAUUUCGUGGUUCAUUAGCGCUGUUGGUACAAUAUAUUCAGUGCAAAGGAUAAUACCAUACUUGAUGAUUCCUCACCUUUUCACAUCACUUUUUCUACUUUUUGCAGCAAUAUUGCUUAUCACAUUAACAACUUGUCAUAUAACCAAAGGUUAA